UGCAGACAGCGAAUCACAUGAGCAGAGAUCUGUUUACAAACUGAGCAAGCAAGAAGUGCUCGGCACCAUUAUGAGGACCCAGAGCUGGAGGAGAUCAGGAAAACACUGGACCUGAGCACACACACAAAUAAAGUGUGGCCUCCUUUUUCUCUAAACUGUCAUCUUAGCUGUUACUUUUCUUUUGCAAGCUUGUGAAGGGGAGAGAACGAGACAGAUGGUGAAGAGGGGAGCAAGCCAUCACCAGCACAAACCCACUCUGAGCUUUUGAAGAAGGUAAAUUCAUGCAGGAAAUUGGACUGGCUACGUCUGCUUCUUUUGUGAUCAGGACAGGAAGACUGUCCUUGCAAAAAGGACAAGAAAACUAGGUGGAGAGUAAGAAAGGCAGGAGAAGGCAACACAAAUCUUUUGACAGGUAGACAAAGCUACUGUAAGUAAAGCCAUAAGUUUCUGUCUUGUAUAUGAGCUCACCCAGAAGUAGACAAAGCACUUGGUUUUAUUUCAUGUGUAAUGUAAUGACCUGAAUUAUAAAAUGCCAGUGAUAAACAGCUCACACUACAGUUUAAUCUGCCUUAAACAUCAAGCUACAAAAGGAACGGCUUGAUGUACUCAAACUUGAAGUUGAAACAUGACACUGGAGAAAAAAGGAAGUCAAAACCAUGCCAUGCAUUAAGAACAAUGCUGAAUGUUUUUUUCCUGGAAAAGAAGUGAACAUCUUAAUCUCAGUGCCAAUUUUCGAUUGGAAAAGUUUGUGACUUGACUUUAACCAAGAAAACAUGUUCAUCCUGCCUCCAUGGGCAAGAGAAUGUGGUGGGUGCUCAUAUGUUAACCAGAGACAGUAAGGAUUUCGUGAGCUUUGUUGUGGGAGUUUUGCAAAGCCAGAGUUCAGAUUUAACAGAUCUGUUUUUUUUAAGGGGAUAAAAAACUUGCUGGCAUAUUUCAACACUCUCCUUCUGGAAACCAUUAUUGAUUAGCUGGAUUGACUGGAACAACCUGGCCUUUUGUUUACGAAUCUACUUCAGUGGUAAAACAGAUGCUUGACUGACCAAAGCCUACAUAUUAUAGACUGCAAAAUGUCCACAGAUGUCACGUACCCCCUAACCCUGAAUGUCUAUAUCAUCAUUCUUGGCACUGGCCUCUUCAUCUUUAUGUUGAGCCUCAUCUUUUGUUGUUAUCUGUUCAGCCUGAGACGACAGGUCACACGGGAACAGUUUGGGUACAAUGAGGUGGUUUUAAAGGGAUCAGAGAAGAAGCUAAGCCUUAUUGGUCAGACCUGUGCUGUUUGUCUGGAGGAGUUCAGAAGCAGGGAGGAACUCGGUGUUUGUCCCUGCUCACAUGCUUUCCACAAGAAGUGUUUAGUAAAGUGGCUGGAAAUCCGAAGUGUCUGCCCCAUGUGUAAUAAACCCAUCUGCAGGCUUCAUCCUGACCCUCCGCAGGGGGCUGAGGGCAUACAGAACCCCCUGCAGGUGUGACAGAAGAGGCCUGGUGUCAGUAAUAGAAAGAUAGCUGCGUAUCUCUUCAUGUGGAACUUUAAAGACUUCAACUGAGAAUGAUGGCUUAAAAAAAAGAAGUGUCACAUGAUAUGAUGUAGCUUAGUCAGCUGACUUCCUUUCUACCACGAUGACUUUUCACACAAAGUCUGAAAACAUGUAGCUAGGCGUAAUGGACCUAGGGUCUUAAGAUGAGUGAAGAGAUUUAAGUUAAUGAGUUGAACAGUACAUGGAUGGUUUGAAAAGACAUUGGCACAAUGUACAUAAAUUCAUAGCACUGCCAGGGGCAGAGAACACUAUAUUACCACAGACAAAUCUUUGUAUGAACAAAUUUCUAAUUAGAAGCACCACAAUGCGCCAGAUCCAGAGGGAGAUGGUCUUUAUCAUUGGUCAUGGUCAUUUAAUCCUCCAUUCAUCUUCAAGGUGAUGAUGGAUCCAGAGUCCAUCCUGGGAACACUAGCUGUGAGGUGCUAAUACACCCUGGAUAGGUCGCCACACAUCGAUACAUUAACACGUUCACAUAUAGCAUUUUUAUUUUGCCAAAAUGUGUUUGUGAAAGAGUGGAUCAAAAGAUCUACUAAAUAUGAUUAACCAUAUAAUUUUAUUUUAUUCUAUUUAUUAUUUUUUAAAUCUGUCAGCGUGACAGUCCCAGCACUCCAGAUUCAGGACCAGGUUAGGGUGAACAGGACUUUUGAUUAAGUGUAAAAUUUUAAUGAUGCAUUAGAACCAGUGUUUAUUAAUUGUUUGCUAAAGUGUGGAUUUCUUGAUAAUUGAGUGAAUUUCUUAAUAAAAAUAUAAAUAAGACAUAUUGCAA